CUCCGAUGCAGGGGGAGGCCGGCUGCCUUUCAGCCACGGCGCAUGUAGGAGGAGUGUGAAGCAGCGAGGACGUUGGUGAAAAGCUGUGCACAUCCAAGGUAUAAAAGAGGAUUAAGAUGCCAGCCACUUUCCUCCUGAAGAUGCAUAAUGCCUCCCAUGCAUUGCAGCACCUCAGCAGAAAGCAGCAUCCUUUCACUCCUCCCUCCCUGUGCAUCUCUCCGACAGCAUCCUCUCUGCUCCCCACCUCAUCACCAUGGCCAGUACUGUGUCAGCCUACAAGGAGAAAAUGAAGGAGCUGUCUCUGCUCUCCCUGAUCUGCUCCUGUUUCCACACCCAGCCGCACCCCAAUACCAUCUAUCAAUAUGGAGAUAUGGAAGUGAAGCAGCUGGACAAGAGGGCGUCUGGCCAGAGCUUCGAAGUGAUCCUGAAGUCCCCUUCGGACUUAUCCCCUGAGAGCCCAAUCCUGUCCUCUCCCCCCAAGAAGAAGGAUCUGUCUCUGGAGGAGCUUCAGAGGAGGCUGGAGGCUGCAGAGGAAAGGAGGAAGACCCAGGAGGCCCAAGUGCUGAAGCAGCUGGCGGAGAAACGGGAGCAUGAGCGGGAGGUGCUGCACAAGGCCCUGGAGGAGAACAACAACUUCAGCCGGCUGGCUGAGGAGAAGCUCAACUACAAGAUGGAGCUGAGCAGGGAGAUCCGUGAAGCACACCUAGCUGCCUUGAGGGAGCGACUCCGUGAGAAGGAACUGCAUGCAGCUGAGGUUCGCAGGAACAAGGAACAGCGGGAGGAGAUCUCUGGAUAAAGGGCUUUUCUACACAUCUAGCACAUGAUUCCUGAUAACAAACCAACCAACCCAACACAUUUUAUUUUGUUUGUCUAGAUGCAACAUUUGGUUUGCCAUUUCCUCCUGGUGUUAGUUCCCCAGCUACACGCUUCUCUCUCUCUCUCUCUGCAUCCUUAACUGUUCAGUACUUGUGGGGACUCACAGGCCAUAGGGACCUCUAAGCAGAGUAGCAACUAGUUCACAUGAAAUAUAGAAUCAAACAAUUAACCAGUCAAUCAGCUUCUCUUUGGGGUUUUGUCCUUUUUUAAAAUAUCUUUCUUAAACUGAUGUAAAGGAUUAAGAUAUUAAUAAAUUCAACCAGCAGUGUCAUGGAUGGAGAUGCGGAUUUCUUAUCCAGGGCUUUUGGUUUGUGCUUUGAGCCAGAUAGCAGUUGAAAAAACAAAAGGGAGUAAACAGUGAAGGGUACAUUGUUGUGAGAGGGGGUCAUUGAUGGAUCCAUUGCUUUUAGUGGUAGGAGAAGGGCUAGGAGGAGGCUGGGAUGGCUCAGGGAAUGGGUUAGGGUGUGCCGAAUCUUUAAGCUGUAGGUCGCUGGUUUGAAGCUAGCCCAGGUAGAUAGUAACUUGAAGUCAUUGUCCUCUGGUUCUUUGGUAACCCAGGUGCAAUUAGCUAAGGGUCUGAGACUAGAGCCUGGUGGACAGGUGCCCACAUCACAAGAAGCACUAGUUGAUAUCCUGGAUGGCUACAGAUUGAAUGAGCCUGGAGACUGAACAGCCCUCUCACUGGUAGAGGCAGUGCUGAGGAGGCUUGUACUGCCACUGUCCAUUGCGAACCCAGUGUUGCGGUUAAAGAGGGGGCACAGUCUCCAGGGUGGUCAAUCCUGCACUUUUCACAAACACUAAAUUUCACACCAUUAAUUAAAAAGUAAAACAGAGCGCACAAUUGUCAGGCAGCUCAUGACCUUUAGCAAAACUCUGUGAUAUGGGAGACUCAUCUUUCUCUCUUCCCAAAGAUGGAUGAGACUCUUCAGUACUAUUCCAGGAGAGACGUUUGAACCAAAGAUCACAGGUUAACCACAGAGCUGUGGUUCUUGGGCAGCAGAUUAUAGGAAAGGACACAGCGAUCCUUUCAGUGGUAUUUCCAGAACUGCAGCUUUGGAGAAGGUGGGGUAGGAAGGGAGACUGGAGGAGUGGGAGGACAGGAGGAGUGAAGAGAUGUUCAUGCACCUGCUGCUUGUCUAGCCAUGGAGGUAGAAUUGCAAGGCUUUAAUUCUUCUAGCUCUGACUUCCAAAGCCCACUUUAAGGCAGCUGUGUCUCUUCCUAGAAGUAAGGAUGAAUGGAUUGCAGCGGUGCUUGGAGGCAGGGGGCAGAAACCUCUUCCUUUCAGAUAGCUGGUAAUAAUUCCUGAUGUAAACGGAGAGCUACAGCAGCCUGUGGGCUCUCUUCCCGUCUUACAUCAUGGUGUAUGCCGACAGAGGUAGCUGAAUCAGAGGACGUGCCAAACAGUGAGGAGGCUGCUAUUGCAUCCCAUGGAUCAAAAGGGUGGCAGACUUUUAAUGCUAGCACUGGAUCUGGCCUGAUAACCUGGUUGGCAAUUGUAUGCCUAUGUCUAAAGUGCAAGGAGUUGCCAUCUUAACCCUAGUGAAGCCUCUUGAGAGAGGAUGUUCAGGCAGGACUUGGCUUUCGCAGGAACACCCUCUCCUGGCAGGAUUUCACUGAGGAGAACAUUGCAACUCUUGCAUUUUGGACCACUGAGUAGCAAAGAGUCCUCUCCUUCCAACUCUGACAGCACACCAGUACCUGUCUUCCCAACUCGUGAGGCAUUUCCAGGGCAAGGUAGCAGGGUGCUUGGAGCAGGGAUGUAGGCACAGAUACAGGAAGGACUCCAGGGCUGAUCCUCACCCUCACUGUACCACAAACUUCCCUUUCUCUGUGGCCAUACCGGAUGCUAUUUGGGAACCCAGAGCGAGCCAAGGAACAAGAGUGGACUGUUAUUGUGACGGGUGUCCUCUCUGCAUACUGUCUCCAAAGAGCCUCUCUGCAGCCGAGUCCUGCAGCUCCUCCAGGGGGGCUCUGUGGAGCCAGCAUCACCAGGAAUAGCUUAUGCAAACAGCUAGGACACAGCAGGCAUGGGUGGGCACUUAGGCAGUUGCCUUUCUCAUUCCUGGCAGCUGUGUGGCUUGGGCUGUGUAGGGCGUGCUCCAAGUCAGAGGUGGGGUAAGCAGAUGUGAAACACCAUUUAGCCCACAGGAGCCAGGUAGUGACAGGAAGCCAGGGCAGGCGGGGAGUCCGUAUCUGGUGUCGAGCUUCCCUUUGCCUCCCUGGCCUGUCUAAAUAAUAGUUGCUGAGUCGGUUCCAAGCUGUCGGUUUUCCUUCUACCGUGUGCUGGCUGCGUGUCAGGAAUCUCCCCCACCCUCCUCGACUGUCACAAGAACGCAACAGCGCGCCAAAGAGGCAGCAGCAGCAGCUGCUGGAAGCAAAGCCCCUAGCCUCUUGCUAGUCAGCCACACAAUACGUUCCCCUUUUAAUGAGAGAAGGUCCCUCUCUGGCCACGAGGCUUUGGAUAUUAGGGGAGAGCUCUGCUCCAAAAUGGAAGGGCUAGCUUACCUAUAAAGCCCUCUGCCAAGGUCCGAGGGAGGGCAGGACUGUUAUCAGGCGUCAGCAGUGUUGAGGGACAAGAAGUGAGUUUGGGGCAGGGAGGGGAAAAAGAAAAAGAAACUGAGGGUUGAAUUUCUUAACAGUAGCUAAUGAUCAGUUUAUAAGUAGCAGCUGUCUUAGAUAAGCAUCUGUGUAGAAUGCAGAAUCAUCUCAUCCAUAUAGUGACAAUAAAUUUUAAAAAGUUUAAAAAAAUAAUUAAAAAAGUAAUUUAAAUAAAAUGUUUGUGUGUAAGAAAUGGUUGAAAAUGUCAAAUGUCUGUGUCCCACGCCGGUGGGAUCUGAGAAGGUGUCUGCCAGAUAUUAACCCUGUCCUACUCUGUGGUGCUGAGUGUUUGCUUGGUGUGUAAUACUGACCUGGAGCUUGUUGUAAAUACUGUUUUUAGUACUAUGAUUAUUAAUUAUGAUGAUGACGAUGAUCACAAAUGUUGUACUCAUAAGCAGGAGUUUGAAACAAACACAAAGAAACAACCAUUUUCACUCCGAUUCUCCAGUGAGGCUCAAAUGAACCUGGAGGCAGGGCCAGAUUAAGGUAGGAUGUCUUUGUCCUUGAGCUCAGAGUGAGCAGGGGGUCAGAGAGGCAAGUGGCAGCCUAGCGCAGAGCUGACCAUCGCCUCUUGAGGUGGCUGGACUGCUUCAUAUGGAAGGCAAAGCAAGGGCUUAGAAAUAGCGGGGAGACAGGGGUCCUUCAGGCAGGGAGGAUGGGAACUGGGAGAGUGAAUUCAAGGAGUGGAGGGGAAAGGAGGGCUGGGAGAGAUCUAAAACUGGGGCAGAUGCCCUGGAGCCCUAAAUUUGGGGUGCAGUUUUAGUGUUAGGCCACUCCUGCUUGGAGGCAGCAAUCUGCUCUGUUUCCUGUUACCAUAGAACAAGGCUGACAAAAGUGGAGGAUUUUGCAUGCAGUAUGGGAGAAAGCGGCGGGUGGCAGAUCGUGCUUGCUUGAAACCUUUCCCUUACCUGUAUGGUUACAGGGUCCCAGGACUUUUGUCUCUGCUUCUUACUUUCCAUCUCAGGCGCUUGUGGUUAAGCUGGCAGUCCAAAUCCAGCUAGUGGUACCCUCCACAUAGCUGCAGGCCAGCCUUGAUUUCAGGUGGAGACCUAUUCUUGCACUCACAGUGGUGUUGCAUGAAAGGAUGAUCUGGAAAGUUAGGACCCCAGGGACCAGUGCUCCUGCAGAUCUAAGGGAACCCCGUUUUCCUCCCCUCCACCCCAUCGGUGCUGUAAGGUGCAGUGGACGUAUCUGGAGAAUGCACUAGUGCAGGGUAAAACGUUGCAUCAGGUAGAGAAACAGGGUUGCACAGAGUUUUGAAUCCGUCAUGUCAGGGUAACAAGUUUAUCACAUCUGAUGGGAUACGUCACAUCAGGGAAACCAGAUGGACUAAUGUGGCUAGACAAAGCAGUUGGAACAGGGAUGUUCGGGAAAUUGGUUUGCUCAGUGCCACUGUGUCUAUCGGAGCAGUAUUUCCGAUUACCAGGGCUGCAUGCAUCUGGUUCUGCAAGUUCUCUGGCCUGGAAAGACAUCCCGCUUGUAUUGCCGAUAAAACUUUUGCAUGGUCCAGGCUGCGGGGGAGGAAGUAAAUGACAGACGCAGAGCACCUGCCUGAACGAUGCUGUCCCUGACAGCAUCACACAUCACUUGGAUCUUCAGGUCCCAAACCCGCAGCAGCUCAUACUUAUUUCAUCUCUGGCAAAUACCAGGAUUGCUAACAACUGGGUGGCUUAUGCCUGAAUAGGGGCUUUGCCCCCAUUAACUUCCUUUAAGUCUCCCCUUUCCUCCCACUCCUCUUGCAGUUUUUCAGCCGUUCCCCUUCAGGCACUUUCCAUGGCAUGCAAUUUUGAAAUUCCCGGAACGCGUCUCACGAUGGCGCUCCAGGUUUUUUAUUAUUAUUUCUUUCCGUCGCUUACUGAUGGGUCUUUCUAGCUGCUAUUACUGAUUGCACUGUUGUAAGAGCGUCUCUAAAUUGGGCCACAUUCGCAGUAGCUAUAGCUUCCUGGCACUCAGUGAAGUUAUACCAGUAGGAAACAGAGUCCCAGGGGGAAAUUAAAGGUGCAACAGGGAGGGAGCUGAGGUUGAAAAAACCCAAAACCCAACCCACCUGCAUGCGCGUUUCAGAGAACUCAUUCUUCCCCUUCUCCCAGACAAAGCGGGGCCUCCUAGUCCCUGCUAGACAAGAAAAAUGAACCCGAAGAUAAACUGAAUUUCCAAUUGGCACAAAACACCUUGAUGUUUAGCAAUCCUGGGGCAAGAACCAGAGCAGUCACUCUCAUGGUCCAAAUAUUAGACCUUCUGCUUGCUUUGUUAGUCAGAGCUAGCGCUCAGAUGGCUGUAGAUGGACACUCUCCAGGAUGGGAGGCCCAUAAACUAACCAUGGACGGGCCCCCAGAGAUGUUAAUUUUAAGCGGUCUCACUCCACCCAUGGUUUUGUCAUGUUGUAAAGUGAACCUUGUCUCGCAAAGGCGUGGUAGUUUCCCUACAGGGUAAGCUUUCCGUGCCGCUGGGAAGUCAAGACUACUGCAUGCAUGUUGCAAUAGGGGAUAAGAGUGGUGAUGCUGCUCCUUGAAAAUUCAUGUUGUCUUUCAUUUAGGCCGGCGUGAAUUUCUAACCCUGGCUGUUUAAUUCAUCUCAUGGGCUUUGUUUCAUUCCACUAGACUGCGGUAUUAUUUUGCCCACUUGCAAUAGUUGUGGGCACGUAGCUGUGUAUGCUUUGAGAGUGUGCACAGACACAUGCCAGGUGUGUAUAACCUAUCUAUAUAUACACAUACGCACACCACCACUUGAAACAAGAGGCAGGGAAUGGCUGCUUAUGGUGCUAUAGAUAUUUAUUGUUAACCAUGCAAGGAAUGACAUGCCAUUUCAGGACCAAUAACCUCCACCUUUGCAGUCAGGUGUCUUUGAAAUAAAGUAGAAGGGGGCCCUGGCCAACACUUAGGUCUCUCUAAUCCAGAGCCUACAGGGGGUGACGGAGAUGACAACCUUCUCCAGAUGUUGGGUCUGAGCGUGAGAGGCAGCCAGCGACGUGCAAGUCGUCUUGACCGUUCUUGCGGUCUUUGGCAAGCCCCUGGACCUGUCUCUGUCAGCUCUCCCACCUCUCCCAAGGGUCAGUGACACUUCCCUAUCUCACAGGGGUGUUGUGAAGAUUAAUGAAUUCAUGCUUGCAAAGAGCUUUGGAGACUGUAAGUGCUGAAAUGUUAUAUGAUCAACCCCCCCCAUACUUAGCACAGCAAAAGAUACCGUGCACGUGCUGCAAGAAGAGGGUUGGAAGUGAUCGGUGUUGCCUGGAGGGUGGGUCAGAACCUCAGGGGGUUGCAUGUUCCCAGGGAUGCCCUUGUUCUCUUCUGGAUACGGUUUGGGUGUAAAUGCCAUUGGCCUUGUGCAGGGUGCACUCCACACACGACACCGUGUGUGCUAUCUUCCUUCUUUCCAAAUAGACAGCUCAAUAAAUAAACCGUAACGGUGUUAUGAAUGGACUUCCCAUCACUCUAACAGAGCCUUGUCUGGUUCCUUUAGGUCUACCACAUGCAUUUCAUUGUCAACUUGAGGUUGUUGUUGUGCAAAAGAAGUGAAUAUGAAAAAAAAAAAAGAAAUAAACUUGGUAUGAAACCACAUGCCUCCAUUUCUCUCUAUACACUGAUGCUUUAAUCCAAGGCUUAUGCCUGGCUUGGGAAAAUAAUAAUAAUAAUAUUAAUAAACAACUCUCAUCUGAACAAAGCAAGUGGCCUCCGAUAAAGAACACAAUCUAGGUCCUUGCAGA